AUGGAAAAACCUGAAGCCGUCAAUUUCGAGGCAGUCUGUGAGGAGGGUGCCACACUCCACAAGAUUGGCAGCGACGACAUGUGGACUCAAACUGCUCUCACCGCUGUCGCGCGGGACUAUGACCAAAAAGAGAAAACUAUGCUGGUGAUGCAGGCAAUCCGCUACUACAAGAAAGCCAUUUUCUGGAGCUUGAUCAUUUCAAUGUGUGUCAUUAUGGAGGGCUUUGACACAAACCUCCUGGGAAACUUCUACCCUUACCCAUCCUUCCAGCGAAGAUAUGGUGAUCCUGUUCCAAUCACGCCGCAAACACCGACAGGCUACUCCAUCCCUGCUUCAUGGCAGUCGGGCUUGGUUCAAAGAUCAGGUGUUGGUUCAAUCUUCGGUACCUUGAUCAACGGUUGA